CUGUUUGUGUCAUUUCAACAUAAACAAGUGCCGAUCGCGGCUCGUCCAAAAGUAGGAACAUGUUUCAUGUGAUGCUGUGACGAUUCAAACGAAAUAAUACAAAUUGACAGAAUUGUCAUCACCACUCGUUGGAUCUACAAUCUGCCCCAAUCUCAUUACCAAUAGCCAUCCCAAAAAUCUCACACGAAUCUCUCUGUUUUCCCCGAAUUCAGAUCCAAAGAUGAACGAUGCGGAUGUCUCCAAGCAGAUUCAGCAGAUGGUCAGAUUCAUCCGCCAAGAAGCGGAGGAAAAAGCCAACGAGAUCUCCGUUUCCGCCGAAGAAGAAUUCAACAUCGAGAAAUUGCAAAUAGUGGAGGCAGAGAAGAAGAAGAUCCGACAAGAGUAUGAACGCAAACAGAAACAAGUUGAAGUCAGAAAGAAAAUUGAAUACUCCAUGCAACUCAAUGCUUCUCGGAUCAAGGUUCUUCAAGCACAAGAUGACUUGGUUAAUGCCAUGAGAGAGGCAGCAUCAAAGGAUCUUUUGAAUGUGAGUCAUCACAAGUUUCAUCAACAUCAUAACUAUUCAGGACUCUUGAAAGGUCUCAUUGUUCAGGGUUUACUGAGAUUGAAAGAACCAUCUGUGUUAAUGAGAUGUCGUAAAGAAGAUUUGCAUAUAGUGGAAUCAGUUCUUGAUGAUGCAAAAGCAGAAUAUGCAGAGAAAGCAAAAGUUCAUGAACCUGAAGUUGUUGUUGACUCAAUCCACCUUCCAUCUGGCCCUUCUCAUGAUGACCCUCAUGCUCUUUCCUGCUCUGGAGGUGUUGUUUUGGCUUCUAGAGAUGGUAAAAUUGUGUUUGAAAACUCUCUUGAUGCUCGUUUGGAUGUUGCAUUUCGUGGGAAGCUUCCUGAGAUCCGAAGGCUGUUGUUUAGCCAGGUGGCUGCUUAAACACGUGAUGUGAUAUUAUGUAUCAAUCUCUCUUUCUCAAUCAAUCUUAUUAUCAUGAGAAAGAACCUUCAUCGGAUCAUUUUCAAGUCAUCAUCUUUGUGUUUAAACUCAGUAUUUAUGGCAUUUGUUUGAAUAAAUAAACAAACAUUCCAUGUUACAUUACAUCCCUUGCUUGUAUUCUUUUAAGAAUUUUGUCACCUUUUUUGAACCCUUUUGUUUGUGGGCGAUUUGUUUAAUGUUUAUCUUCUAAUUUUUAUUUUUGUAACCUGCUUUAAAUUCUUGCAUAGACCAAAUACAUAUUUGGGUUCAUUUCAAUUUAAAAAAAGACACAAUUACCAAAAUGGUUUUGUGGUUGUAAAAAAUCUAUGGUUUUGUCUAAAAAAUUUGGUGGUGGUUUUGAUCUUUAUGAUUAUUUUUUUAUCCAUAUCCAACUUGAAAUGAAAUGAUGAAUAUG